AUGGCACCUUCGCUACUGUCGGCCUUGGGGUUCAGGCAUCACAAGUCGAAGAAGCGGGGCAACUCCGAUCGUCCUCCCUCCCCCUCUCCUCCUCCCUCUCCCACACCGGCGCCGGUUCCUCACGAUUCAACUCUAGACAACCCAACUACAGCUGCGACGCUAUGGGCCAAGGCAUACGACCGCCUGAAAGCAGAGGAUGGCCAGUUGGUCGACGCCUACGAACGAGUCCUCUCCCGCGAGCUCGCGCCUGCCUCCGCGGAAGACAACGCCAUUGAGAAAGCCGACCAUGGCCGGCGACAGGCUCAGAUGGAACAGCUCAUCAAGCUGGGGAUGGAGAGGACCGGAAACAAGCUGAAGAUGGAGAAGACACUGCAGGGUGCUCAAGCGCUGAACAACCUCGUCGGCCCAGCGUUGCAGCCAAUCCCUCAGGCCGCGCUUGCCUGGACUGCCGUUUCCUUUGCGCUGCAGAUUGUUGUCAAUCCGACUACGGAAACGAGAGCGAAUCGCGAAGGCGUCGGUUAUGUCGCUGCCCGGAUGCAAUGGUACGGUGAGCUGUCGCAGCUGUUGCUCAGAGAGAACACGGUGGAUGGAGGCCUGUCUUCGAACCUACGGUCGGCUUUGGAAGGCCGCGUCGUCGAUCUUUACAGGCUUCUUCUAGCGUUCCUGAUGAAAAGCGUCUGUUCAUAUUACCGGAACCGACUCGUCAAUUAUCUCCAAGACACGAUCAAACUCAACGACUGGGAGGGUGCCUUGAGAGAAAUCCAGGAUACCGAGAGGCUCGUUCAACGAGACAUUGAUCAGUACAAUACCCAGCAAAUGAGAUCUCAUUUGGAAGCACUGGUCAACAUCGCUCAGGAUCAGCAGGUCCGCCUUCUCUCCAACAUCCACGACGCAGUUCAGGACCAAUUGGAACUCAAGAAAGACGACGCCGACAAUCAGCUGCUAAGACACCUUUGCUUGACGGACCCGCUUGAUGAUAUGGAUCGCAUCGAGCAGUCCAAGGACAGGUUGCUCGAGGGCUCCUGCCAAUGGAUCCUUGACCGCGAUGACUUUCGAGAUUGGAAAUAUGCGGCUGGAAACUCCCUGUACUGGAUUAAAGGCGAUCCCGGAAAGGGUAAGACAAUGCUCAUGAUCGGGAUCAUCAGAGACAUGUUGCGGGCGGCCCCGAAAAACGCCUUGACAUCGUUCUUCUUCUGUCAAAACGCUGAUCCCAAUCUGAAUAACGCUACGGCUGUCCUACGCGGCCUAAUGUACCGGCUUGCUUCUCAAAGAAAAUCGCUCAUAGCCCAUAUUCGUGAGGCGUAUGAUCGUAGGGGGAGGGCCUUGUUUGAUGACGCCAAUGCAUUCUUUUCUCUGUCCAACAUCCUCGCCCGGAUGCUCGACGACCCGAGUCUUCCAAGUAUUUAUAUCUUUAUCGACGCAUUGGAUGAGUGUGAGUCCGACCUGGAGCAUUUGCUUGGCUUGUUGACGGAACGUGCCUCACCACGCCUGAAAGUUCUCGUUUCCAGCCGUCCGAGACCCGAGAUAAAAGCCCUCCUAGCUGUUGACAGCCUUCAUACUGAGCUGGAUCUCGGUGUAGAUUCUGCGAAGGAGAUUGGAGACGUUGUCGCAGCUUACAUCGAUUCUGAAGUCGAAGACCUUGCAAGGCGCAAGCGGUAUCGUGACGAGCUAAAAGCACAGGUCAAAGAGUACUUGCACUGCCAUGCUGAUGGCACCUUUCUUUGGGCUGCUUUGGUUCUCAAGACUUUGCGCAAGACUCUCCUUUGGAAGACCUCAUCCGUGCUACAAACUUUUCCUUCGGGGUUGAAGGCGUUGUACGAGCGAAUGAUGCAGGAUGUGUUUGAAAUUGACAAUGAAUCACCUGAGACAUUCCAGCACUGCUGUCAUAUUCUGUCUGUUAUCACGCUUGCCCAGCGGCCUUUGCACAUUACCGAACUUGCGAUCGUUGCUGAUCUUCCACAAGAAUUCGGUGAAGUAGCUUACCUCGAGGAGAUUGUUGACCAUUGCGGCAGCUUCCUCACUAUCCGUGACGGAACCAUCUACUUCAUCCAUCAGUCUGCCAGGGAAUAUGUUCUUUCCAUUCAAGGCAAAGGGCGCUUCUCGGAAACUCCUGGCCACACUCAGGCCGGAAUCGUGCUCCGCGGGCUUGACACUAUGUCAGCUACCCUGCAAAAAGACAUAUGGGGCUUGGGUGAUCCGGCCUGCGAGAUUGACGCAAUCGAGCCACCGCGAUCUGAUCCGCUGCGCCUAGUCCGGUACUUCUGCGAGUAUUGGAUUGAGCACCUUUGCAAUCUUGAUCUGCCGGCUCAGCAAGCCAUAGGUCUCUCUGACAGUGGCGCAGUGCUAGGCUUUCUGAGGCGGCAUCUCCUUCACUGGGUUGAGGCUCUCAGUAUUAUUGGAAAAUUACAAGUGGCUUCGAACAUGAUGGAACGCCUACAGCAAUCCUUGAUGAAGCACUCGGACAAUUCUGGCAACCUCCGACUCCUCGUCCAAGACGCGCGCCAUUUUCUAGACCAUCACAACUACGCCUUGAGGAGAACCCCCUUGCAGAUUUAUAGCUAUGCUUUGAUGUUCAGCCCUUCGUCAAGCCAUAGUAUUCCUGUAACCGACACGCAUUGGAAGCUGCACCUGACCAACAUUUAUGGUGCGGAGGGGAGAGGAAAGGCUGCCGCAUUUCUUUUAGACGACCGUCUCAUAACCUGUGGGUUUGAUGAGGGGACACUGGAGGUAUGCAACACAAACAACAAAACGAUUGAACGCAUCGUCAAAGGCCAUAAAAAGCAUGUCCAGGUUCUGGCACUCUCGUCGGAUGGAUCACUACUCGCCAGCACUGCGAGCAAUCGUUACAUCCAGAUAUGGAAUGUCUCUGACUGGUCACUAAGACAAACCCUGCGAGGUAGGCGGGAGUAUAGGUCUUACUCAACACUCCAGUUCUCCCCGGACGGGAGAAAACUACUGUCUGUAGCAUCAGGGCGUGUAGUCUGUAUAUGGGAUCUUCUCACUGGGACGAUCCAGCAGACAACGAAUUCUGAGUUCAUCGCACCUUCCUGCGCGGUAUUUCUGGGAAAUACCCAGGUUGCAUCCACUCCCACAACAGAGUCAGUUCAGGUGUGGGAUGCUGACACCGGGGACGUCCAACGAGUAUGGACAACCGACACUGUCAAUGUGCAGUCACUAUUGGCUCUAUCGGACGGCGAAAGGAUCGUCGUGGGAGGGUGGACGGCGCUGCAGAUCUGGAACGCGACAUCGGGGCAGCUCUUGACAACACUAGCAAGGUACCCAUCCGAUCAGCAAAUCAUGACAAUGGCUCUUUUCCCAGGCGGGCGCCGCUUUGCCACGGGGUCCUUCAAAGGCUCGGUUCAGAUCUGGGACAUAGAGUCCUGCUCCCGAGAGAAGGAAAUACACGCCGCCGCGGGUGUUUCAUCUCUAUCUGUCUCGAGUAACGGUGAUAAGAUAGCAAUUGGCUCUUUGACUGGUCUCCAGUUAUGGAAUACCGGUAUAGAAGCGGCGGUAGGGCUCGCAAGUCACGCAAGCGCCGUCUGCUGCCUUUCUGUGUCUCCAUGCAGGACGUGGGUCAUGUCCGGCACAGAGAAUGGUACAAUUGGAAUAUGGGACAGAACAACAGGGGCCCUCACACGAGAGGUAGAGGGGCAUUCUUCUGAUAUCAGCUCCUUGGCCAUAUCCCCAGACUCCAAACUGGCCGCAUCAUCGGCUACAGAUUGUACCGUCCGAUUAUGGGAUACGACAACAUGGACGGCGUUACACGUGCUGGCCGAGCAAGAGGAGCAUCUAAUUGUACAGUCAUUCUCAUCUGACGGAAAAAUUCUUCUUACAACAUCCGACAACGAGAUAUUGUUUAGGGAUACAGCAACAGGUAAGUUGAUCAGACGCAUCGAGACUCCUGAAUGGGCGGCAUUCGCUUGGUCACAAGACAGUGCCCUAUUCGCCUGCGGCUUUCCCAAUGGCACGAUCAACACCUGGGCCAUACAGACUGAAGAAGAACCGCGUCACAUAAUCACGGACGACGAGCCCAAUCCCUCAGUCUCCGCCCUGGCAUUCUCCCACGACGCCGCUUACCUCGCCGUCGCCUCAUCCCGCGACAUACGGAUCUAUGCGCUCGGCCGAUCCACAAUACCAACCGGCCCUACAUCCACAUCCGAACCCGAACCCGGUACCCUACAAGCCACCAUCCGCUACAACUACGGCGCUAAAGGCGUGUACAAGGUGCUCGGGAAGCUAGAAUUCAGCAUGGAUUUAUCCAGACUCAUUACGGAGCGCGGGAACCUGGUAAUCGACUGGUCCCAGCAUCCGCUGACAACACAGCUUCCGCGCUGGGAUGGUGGGUACGGAAUUGAUGGCGCGGGUUCCUCGCGCACGAGCUGGAUUACGUUCGGUGGGAAGAGGCUGUUCAGGCUGCCGAUCGACUGCUCGUACGCGCCGCACGUGGUCUCCGGGGAUUUUGUUGCGCUUGCGUGUGAUAACAGAGUUAUUAUGUUUGGGUUUAAGGAGGGUGUUAAUCCGUUUGAUUCUGCAUGA